CCCCCGCUGCUGUCCGCCCUUAUCCCCGCCUCACUUCUGACGCCUAUCCGCAAGGUAACAUGGUGGCCGGAGCUUUUCCCAUCGCUAAACUUCUCUACCUUGGGGUAAGACAGCUCAGCAAACCCGUUGCCAACCGGAUAAAAGCUGGGGCACGCAGGAGCGAGUUCUUCAAAAACUACAUCUGCCUGCCGCCGGCUCAGCUGUACCACUGGGUGGACAUGCGUGCCAAGAUGCGGAUCAUGGGGUUUCGGGGCACGCACAUCAAGCCACUGAACGAGGAGGCUGCAGCCGAGCUGGGUGCAGAGCUGCUGGGGGAGGCAGUCAUCUUCACCGUGGGCGGAGUCUGUAUGAUUGCUGAAUAUGCCCGGCAGAGCGCCAACACGCGCCACAAGGAGGAGGAGCUGAAUGGUAAACUGCAGAGCCUUCAGGAUCAAGUGACGCAGCUGAGCCUCACCACUGAAACGCUGGACGCCCAGCUGAGAGAGGUCAACAGACGCCUACUCACUGGCCCUGCCAAAUAAGUCACUGUACUUUAUUCCUUAUAGCCAGGGGGGUAACGUGAGCCAGUGCUGCCUUCUAAUGCGGAAUAAGGACUGAUAAGGAUUUCUGUCUGCCGUGGAGUGUUGAAAGAUGUUGCUUCCUUUAUCAAAGUGAUUGUCAGAGUUGUCACAGUGAACUGGUGGUCAUUUGGUAUAGGUGGGCUUUAAAGAGUGCUAACUAAGGGUUUCAAAUCUGUUUCUUUUCUUUUUUUGCAUUACAUUAUAAAUUGUUAAAAGAUACCAAAAAGGAUCAGCAACAGCUUGGUCUAGUACCCUAUUCCAGAACCGCAACAUGGUCUGAUCUGUGUCUGCACUGUUUUCUGCAGGAAAUGGCAAGUAGGGUAACGCCAUUUAGCAUUUUAAAAACUUUGAUCAAGUCUCCACCAAUGUUCUAGGUUAGAUUCAGUCCCCUCAAACUUCAUAACUUCUGCUUUACAGCCAAGGAGCAACAAAAUAAAAGGGCUCUAGAAAGGGAUUUUGAAACCAGGGUUAGCAAUCUGGUAAUGUUUGACAGAAUUGUAUGAGCUUUGAUCCUGUUUAACAUGGAACUGCUGGAUUGUGUUUUGACUCCAAUGAAAUGUACAUUAAAGAAGACUGAAUUAUUA